AUGACUGAAACACAUUAUCCGCUGGCGCAAGGUGCCGGCUAUGGAAUUGUAGUUGGCGUUGGAUUCGCCUUUGCCUUUGGUAUGAUUGCAAUAACAGCUGCCCUACGUCGUUACCAGAGGGAAAAAGUAGACUCCGAGGAGUUCGCUACUGCAGGUAGAAGUGUGAAGACUGGUCUCAUCGCUUCUGCUGUCGUUUCUUCUUGGACAUGGGCUGCUACACUUCUUCAGUCUACCACCCAAGCCUACAAGAAUGGCAUCUCAGGACCCUUUUGGUACGCUGCUGGGGCUAUGGUGCAAAUUGUUCUUUUUGCAACAGUUGCUAUCGAACUAAAACGAAAAGCCCCUGGAGCUCAUACCUACCUUGAGGUCAUCAAAACCCGGUAUGGCACCCAAGCACAUUUCAUAUUUAUGUUCUUUGCAAUUGCUUGCAAUAUUCUUGUCACGUCGAUGCUUUUAGCAGGAGGGUCAGCAACAAUUAUCAGCCUGACAGGUAUGAAUCCAGUUGCUGUUAUUUUCUUACUUCCUCUCGGUGUGAUGUUGUACACACUGUUCGGCGGACUCAAAGCCACAUUUUUGACAGACUACAUCCACACCGUUGUAAUGAUUGUCAUCAUUUUUGUGUUUGUGUUCUGUGUCUAUACAAGCAGUCCCCACUUGGGUUCUCCUGGUCGGCUGUGGGAAAUGAUCAUGGAGUUAGGUAAAACCAAUCCUGUCGCGGGAAACGAACAGGGAUCAUACCUCACUAUGAAGUCUAAAUUCGGUGGCAUUUUCCUGGUAAUUAACCUUGCUGGUAAUUUUGGAACAGUGUUUCUAGAUAAUGGCUACUGGAACAAAGCCAUUGCCGCUUCACCUGCAGCCGCCCUUCCUGGCUACGUCUUUGGAGGUUUGGCCUGGUUCGCUAUUCCCUGGCUCACGGCAACAACUAUGGGUUUGGCCGGUCUGGCGCUCGAAAACACGCCUGCAUGGCCUACUUACCCAAAUAAGAUGUCGGCCGCUGAUGUUACCGCUGGGCUGACGCUACCCAAUACCGCUGUCGCAUUGCUCGGUAAAAAUGGUGCUGCGGCCUGUUUAGUGAUGCUUUUUAUGGCAGUUACAUCGGCAAUGUCCGCUGAAAUGGUCGCUUCUUCUUCGAUUCUCACCUAUGAUAUUUACAAAGGCUAUAUCAACAAGAAGGCAACGUCCAAACAGCUUAUUUGGUGCACACACCUUGCUGUUGUAUUGUUCACGGGUGCCAUGGUUGGUCUUUCAAUCGGAUUCCACUACGGUGGUGUGUCCAUGGGCUACCUUUACUUGUUGAUGGGCGUGCUGAUCUCUUCAGCUGUUCUGCCCGCGUGCCUUACAAUUUUCUGGAAGGGCAUGAACAAGUGGUCCGCUUGUCUUGCUCCACCAGUUGGUAUGGCGUUUGGUAUCAUUACUUGGAUGGUCGUUACUGCAACACUAAGCAAUGGCGUAGUUACUGUUGAGACCUCUGGUGCCGAUUAUCCCAUGCUGGCUGGCAACGUUGUCUCUCUUUGCUCACCGGCACUUAUUAUUGCCGUUUGUCAAUUGAUCUGGGGCAACGACAACUACGACUUUAAUCAGCUCAAGGAGCUGCACUCGGUGCGUGACGUUGAAGCUGAGAUGGCGCCUUUCGAGAUGAUGCCAGAGACCGAAGCUGAGCUUGCCUACAAGUACGGAAACAGCACCCAUAAGCCAGUGGAUCCACACCACCACAACCUCUCAGAGGUAGAAGAGGCUCUACUGAAAAAGUACUCCAAAUGGGCCAAGAUCAUUUCUGUGUUCACGGUAUUAGCCUUUAUUAUUUUAUGGCCCAUGCCUAUGUAUGGCACGGGCUAUAUUUUUUCCAAGAAGUUCUUCACUGGCUGGAUAGUCGUCGGUAUCAUCUGGCUUUUCCUCUCUUUGUGUCUCGUAGGAAUUCUGCCUCUUUGGGAAUCCCGCCAAGGGAUCUUCGAAACUGUUCGGGGUAUAUACUGGGACUCUACAGGGCAGUCCUACAAAGUUAAGCAAUGGAUCGCUGAGGCCCAAGAAGAAGAGGACAAAUCUGCCGAUCUAGGUGAGGUCCUUGUUGGAGAGGCAGUGACUGAAAACUCCUCAGAGAUCUCCAAGCCUGGAAAAUAA